AUGGCUCUUUUAUUAUUAUUAUUAUUAUUAUUAUUAUUAUUGUUGUUGUUGUUGUUGUCUUUCAUUAUCGUCCACGAAGUGUCCGUAAAAGAAAAACGGAUGUCCUGGAUGUUCUUGAACAGUUUUGUAGUAGAACUAGGAGACUAUUAUAUCUAUCAAGCCUUCCAUUUCUUCCAUCCUCCAGCUUUUGUCGCUUCCCUACAUGCACCUCACGAACGAAGAGGUUCACCCACGCAGCUCGACCACGAGCCUCAACACCGUGAGAAACGCUGCUCCUGUGAGAACCUGAAGGACAGAGAGUGUGUGUACUUCUGUCACAUUGGAAUCGUUUGGGUGAACACACCCAGUCAUGUGAUUCCAUAUGGUGUCGGUUUCCUCCCAAUGCGCCUCAGAAGACACGUGGAACGUUGUUUUUGCACAACCAACAAAGACAGAGAGUGCACCACCUUCUGUUCAAACAGAGCUGAUUAUCCGACCCUGAGGUCCUCUCCAAGGACGUUCCCCACACAAUAUAAAACCCGAGUGAAGCUGAGAAGACGCCGUUCUUGAGAUGCCGUUCCUUACACUGCUUUGAUCCUUACAUCCAGUAUGCUAAGUGUUUGUCACCCUGCUGAUACCUGACAAUACACAUUAUAUUUGCUAAUCAAAUUCUGGAAAGAAAGGCUACGAUUUGUUGGCGAGAUACUGCAUCCUUGCCUGGAAACUCUAUCUCAGAUGAACCCAAGAUCCAGGAGGAAUCCAAUGAGCUGCAUUUCUACUUCAAAGAUAAAUCUUUUAGGAGUGUAUUCAGCUCUCUGGAAAUCGAUUGUGAAGCAGUUUUACUGGAAUUUGGUUUCAGGUUUAGAUUCCUACAAACUAUGCACGACGACUCAAAAAAAGAGGACUUGAGAAGAUCCAGAUCAUGAAGUGAUUGAAAAUUUCCAAACACUGAAGGAAAGAAAGGUCAUGAGGACAUGAGCAAGAGAGUCAGGCCCUUAACUCUUAGCAUCUCAGUUUUAUGGACAAAACACGUUUUUUUGGGUUUUUUUUAUUACUCUAAGAAAAUCUAAGAAAAACGUGUGUACUUUUGGGACACCAGACUUUUCCAGCCAUAUUUGUUUUCUCCACAAAAAUAAUUGUCCUUUUACUUAAAUCAGAUCCAAACCUGUUCCAGCAUGACAAUGGCCCUGUGCACAAAGCCAGCUACAUGAAGAUCUGCUUUACAUCGACUGGAGUAGAAGAUCAAAAGUGGCCUCCUAUUAAGCUUUUCAAACCCAUUGGAAUGAAUGUGACUGCUGACUGCACCCCAGAUCUCCUCACCUUAACUACAUCAGUACCUUCUAAAUAAAAUAUCACCUCAAAUUCUGGUGUAAAACAUCUUCCCAGAAGAAUAGAGCUUAUGAUAGGAACAAAUGGGGACUGAAUGUGGAAUGGGAUGCAAAACGGAGGACAAUCUUUGGCUCAGGUUCUCCACAAAUAGUAAAUAUUGGGAAAUAUGUACAUAUGUAUAGAAAUGUCAGUAUGCAAAUACUCUGUUCUUACUUUUAAUAACUUUAUGAUUAUUUAUAAAAAUAAAUAGAUUUUUUACAUAAAGAACGAUUGGUUUACUUACCUGAAUUUUCCAAAACUCCAAGUCUCUAUGUUUGGGAUUUUGGGUUAAAAACUGAUGUAAAAAUGAAAUGAUGUGCCUCAAUGACAAUACAGAACAUGGGUCCAUCUAGGAAAAAAAGUAACCUGCAGGGUAGCAUGACAAAUUCGGUCCUUGUUCGAUGGAAAAAAGAAAAGAAACGUUUUUAAAACGUGUACAGAAGUAAACAGUGUAAUUAUGGUGGCGGUUAAUGGUGUUUCGAGAUGUUUCCCACAACAUCGAGGACCAGUCAUUUUCUAAAUAGCUAUACUGAGUUAAUCCCUUGCUUCUAUUUAAAAUUACACACACCGCACACACCACACACACACACGCUAUGUACGCAAAAGUAUUGGGACACCCACCAUAUAUGGUUCUUCCUUGAAAUUUGGAACCGCAUUUUUCCAUCCAAAGUUGUUCCAGCAUGAUGAUGCUCCUGUGCACAAAAUGAGCUCCUUGAAGAUAUGCUUUAGGUUGGAUAUGGUGAAGGAUCUCGAAUGCCCUGCUAUAGAGCUCAAACUCUAUUAAAAAACCCUUUGGAAUAAAUCGGUGAUCUCACAAAUCUCCACAAAAUCUAGAGGAACAUCUUAUGGGAGGAGUAGAGCUUCUUAUAAGAGCACAUUUGGACGGUAUAAUGUAGAUUUUGGGAGGGAAAAUAAAAAGGAAAAAGACUGUACUAUCAUUCAGUACAGGAGGAUGAAUAAUCUUCAUUUUGGUGGAUGUCAGGUUUCCUCCACAAGCUUUACAGCCUUUUUUUCUUUCUUUUUUUUUUUUUUACAAGAAAACUCUGGAAAGAAUUUGUGGACAUCCUGUUUUCUGGGCAGGUAGAAAAGAAAUAUCCAGAAUGAUAGGUUGUGUGAGAAUGGUGGGAUAAAAAAAAAAAAAAAAAAACGAAUAAAGUACAAAGUUUCUUAGCUUGAGUUAUAGGGUCUGGGUUAAAGUAAGUAGUGUGUAGGAUGAGUGUGUGAAUGAGAGCAGAGGAGGUGAAGGAGUGUAUGUGUCGCUGAUAUUGUACUGUAGUAUGAAGGUCAUUGAUGGAUUGUAACGUCUGAAUCAGACAUCUGGCCCCCGGACGUCUGCCCCAGACGUCUGACCCCGGACUUGAACUCUGAUUUCAUUAUCCACUGUGUGUGCAUUUGUCUGUGUCUGUUGAGAGUGUGAGUGAGUGUGUAAGCAUGUCUGAGUAAGUAACUGCAAUUGUGUGUGUGUGUGUGUGUGUGUGUGUGUGUGUUAACUCCAACAGCUUCAUUAU